UCUUCUCCCCCAUCCUUGAAUAUCAUCUAUAAAAGGCCCCCACCCUUCUCUAUCUUCUUUGUAAUAAGCCAAAACCCUCUUUCUCUCUCUCUCAAAUCCGCUUACUUCUUCGAUCAACCAAUAUCAAACGUAACACAGCUAGCUACCUCAUCUUUUCUCUCUUUGGCUUCUAAUCAAUCAUAUUUCAAGAUAUAUAUCCAAAAGUAAGAUAUAUAUAACUCAUGGAAGUGAAAGGAAGGGUAAGCAACUCCAUCUUCAACAACAACAACACACUCAUCCAAAGUGAAGAUGAGAUGGAUCUUCGAAGAGGUCCUUGGACCGUUGAUGAAGACCUUGCUCUCAUCAAUUACAUUGCCAAUAACGGUGAAGGUCGCUGGAACUCCCUUGCUCGUUCUGCUGGACUCAAACGAACCGGCAAAAGUUGUAGGUUGAGGUGGUUGAAUUAUCUCCGCCCUGAUGUUCGACGAGGUAACAUCACACUCGAGGAGCAACUUCUUAUUCUCGAGCUCCAUAGUCGCUGGGGAAACCGAUGGUCUAAAAUUGCACAAUAUCUACCCGGAAGAACCGACAAUGAAAUUAAGAACUAUUGGAGAACUCGUGUCCAAAAGCAUGCCAAACAACUCAAAUGUGACGUGAACAGCAAGCAAUUCAAGGAUGCCAUGCGCUACCUAUGGAUGCCAAGGCUGGUGGAGCGCAUUCAAGCUGCUGCCGCCUCCACUGCAACGGCCACAACCGCUUCUCCAGCCUUUUCUGCCGGUGCCAACACAACGGUCACAGCCAACAACAACACCACAUACAACAAUUUUGAGGUUCAUAGUGGGAACAUGAUGUUAGCUCCCACAAUUAUGAGCAACAACAACAACUUUGGUGGCUCACACGUGACACAAAGUUACACUACUCCAGAGAAUAGCAGCAAUGGAACGGCAUCAUCAGACUCGUUUGGGACACAAGUUUCACCUGUCUCGGACUUGACUCAUCAGGAUUAUUACAAUAAUGUCCCUGUUGGUAGUAAUAAUAAUGUCCCUAACCCUGAUUAUUACUACCAACAAGCUCAUCAACUGGGGUUUUCAGACUGCAUCACUAGCCCCUCCGGGAUGUUCCCUACUCAGGAGAUGGAGAUGGAUUACUUCAAUUCCAUGGAUCCAAACACGCCGUGGAUUCAAAGCGGGGACACAACCGACAAUUUCUGGAAUGUUGAUAACAUGUUGCUCUUUCAACAGCUUAACAUGUGAAAAAGGCUAGUGUGAAAAUACUACAGAUAUGUUAGAAAAAUGAACAAAUAGAAUAAAUCCAUAUGUAGGACACACAUUAAUUUAGUAUCCACGAUGGACAUAGAUUUUAUACCAAAGAUUAUAUAAUUAAGAUCAGCAAAGAGCAGGAAAAUGUGAAUUGCCUAGGGUUUUUCUUUCUUCUCGGUGUUUUUCUUGUUUUAGAAGGGGUGUGAUGUGAGAGAUGUUUGUAAUUUAAGCUGUUUUUUACUUUUUUAGUACAAGAUUUCAUUCUUUGAAAUUACUAAA